AUGUCUCAAUCCGAUGCUGAGCUCUCUGAAGCGGAAGAUUCCUCUGUCACGACAAAAUCCUCUCGCAAAACUUUUGGUGUUCGACGAUCUUCCUUCUCCCGUAGUGGCACAGACGACGAGUACUCGUCCGGCAAUAGCUCCGAUUCUGAUGACGAUGAAUUGACCGAACAAGGCUCCACUAUAUCGGAUCGAGAGAAGAACACCGAAACCGGAAUCACGACUGAUGCCAGUUCGGCGCGUUCGUUUGACAUCCUAACUGAGCGCAACACGGAGAGAAAUGCGUUACUCUCACUUGACGCAAACGGGAACCCGUGCCGGGCAAACGACGAUGUAGACGACUCGCCCGACCCAUUAGGCGAGGGUGUUAACGUUGUCCGUCCCCAUGAACCUUUAUUUGCUCAAACCCUUAUGGGAACCCCAAGAGGGCGCGGUUCACUUGGUGCUGAUUCUCCACAGCGAAAUACACCUAAGAGGAAGAAAACAAAUAAGUUGGACAGACUGGAAUUGCACACUUCCAGGCCGACGUUUCAACGUGAUAGAUGCACGGUCGUGCUGACCCAUGGGGAUCCAGCGGGCUGGCUCGCAGAGCAGGAGUCGUUUGGAAGGAAGAGGGAACCCAGAAGAUACGUUGUCGCAAGCGAUCUUAGCAUAGAGAGUUCUUAUGCUGUUGAAUGGGGGAUAGGGACCGUGUUGAGGGAUGGAGAUUAUAUGAUCUUGGUGUCAGUGCAAGAAACUGAGAAUAAAUUGGAUCCAGAAAACAACGCACCUUCCACCGACCGCGUGGCCAAGCUGAGAAAUCAGCAAGAGCGCCAAGCCUUGGCAUACCUCCUUGCCCGCCAAGCCACUGGCCUUCUGCAACGCACCAAAUUGCAGUGCACAGUUAUUUGUCAGGCUUUGCACGCGAGGAAUGCUCGUCAUUUACUUACGGAUCUGAUUGAUUAUACGGAACCCUCUAUGGUGAUUGUUGGGAGUCGAGGAUUGGGUCAAUUGAAAGGUGUUUUACUUGGUUCAACAUCCCACUACCUCAUCCAAAAAUCGUCUGUCCCCGUGAUGGUUGCCCGACGACGACUUCGUCGUCCUGCCAGGCGCACCGCACACCUCCAACCGCGCGCUUCGGCACAACACCGUUCCCUCUCUGAGGCUGUCAUCGACAAAGCGGGACCAGGGAAAGUCGACAAGGACGUAGAACACAUGCGAGAGGAGAUACAGAAGGAAGAGACGGAAGAAGUCGAGAUGGCAAAGCAUGGGAUAUCGCUGCCUCUCAAGGCUCAGGAAUUGUGA